GUCCUUUUUUUCUUUUUUGUAUAUAUUAGAAUGUCAGUGUCAAAAAAGACAAUUGUUAUUGGUACUCGUAAAUCACCACUUGCCCUUGUUCAAACAUACCUUGUUCGUGACAUACUUGAGAGUACUUAUCCAGAAUAUGAAUUCAAAAUUGAAGCCAUGUCUACCACUGGUGACAAGAUAUUAAAUCAAGCACUUAGCAAAAUUGGUGAAAAGGCUCUUUUUACAAAAGAACUUGAGGUUGCUUUGCAAAAUGGCACUGUGGAUCUAGUUAUCCAUUGUCUCAAGGACUUGCCAACUGUAUUGCCAGAAGGCAUGUUCUUGGGUGCUAUUAUGGAAAGAGAAGAUCCUAGUGACGCCCUUGUGUUGAACGAAAGAAAUAAAGGAAAGACCUUGGCUACUUUGCCUCCAGGAUCUGUUGUCGGUACAAGCUCACUUAGAAGAGUGGCUCAAAUAAAGAGAAGACACCCUCAUUUGAAUGUGAUGGAUGUGAGAGGCAACUUAAAUACUCGUUUGGCAAAAUUAGAUGACCCUGAAGGACCUUUUAGUGGUAUUAUUUUGGCCGUCGCUGGCCUCGUACGUCUUGGCCAAGCUCAUCGUAUAUCACAAGUCUUGACUCCAUAUGAAUCCCUUCAUGCUGUGUCUCAAGGUGCUUUAGGCAUCGAGUGCCGUGAAACAGAUAAAGAUAUUCAAGAUUUAUUAAAACCUUUGAAUCACACCAACACACGUAUUGCUUGUCUAAGCGAGCGUUCUUUGAUGCGUACACUUGAAGGCGGUUGUAGUGUACCCAUUGGUGUAAACACAAAACUGGAAAAUGACACACUUUGGUUACAUGGUUUAGUAGCAAGUUUAGAUGGACAAAACGUUGUCGAACACAGAGAUCAAAUUGAUCUUUCAAGUGCUGAUACCUUAGAGAAAAAAGAGCAGCUGGCUGUUGAGCUGGGUCAAAAUGUUGCCAACGUACUUUACAAGAAUGGUGCUGAUAAAAUCUUGCAAGAAUUAGGUCAUCGUUAGGAUAUGAAUAAAUCAAGUUUAAAAA